AUGGAGGCAGCAGCUGUCGCCGCAGUCCUGGGCUUCCUGGUCCUGGCCGCCGCGGGCGGCUCGGCCGGGGACGAGGCCCGGGAGGCGGCGGCCGUGCGGGAGCUGCUGGCCCGGCUGCUGGGGCCCGGGCCCGCGGCCGCCUUCUCGGUGUCAGUGCAGCGCUCCCUGGCGGCCGAGUCCGGCCUGGACACCUACCGCUUGAGCGGCGGCGGCGCCGGGGCGCGGGUGCGGGUGCUCGGCUCCACCGGCGUGGCCGCCGCCGCGGGGCUGCACCGCUACCUACGCGAUUUCUGCGGCUGCCACGUGGCCUGGUCGGGCUCUCAGCUGCGCCUGCCGGAGCCGCUGCCCGCCGUGCCGGAGGAGCUGACCGAGGCCACGCCCAACAGGUACCGCUAUUACCAGAAUGUGUGCACACACAGCUACUCCUUCGUGUGGUGGGACUGGGCCCGCUGGGAGCGGGAGCUGGACUGGAUGGCACUGAAUGGCAUCAACCUGGCACUGGCCUGGAGCGGCCAGGAGGCCAUCUGGCAGCGGGUGUACCUGGCCUUGGGCCUGACCCAGUCGGAGAUUGAUGAGUACUUCACUGGCCCUGCCUUCCUGGCCUGGGAGCGCAUGGGCAACCUGCACACGUGGAGUGGCCCCCUGCCCCGCUCCUGGCACCUCAAACAGCUGUACCUGCAGCAUCGGAUCCUGGACCGCAUGCGCUCCUUUGGCAUGAUCCCGGUGUUGCCUGCCUUUGCAGGGCACGUCCCCAAGGCUCUCACCAGGGUGUUCCCUCAGAUCAACAUCACCCAGCUGGGCAGCUGGGGACACUUCAACUGCUCGUAUUCCUGCUCCUUCCUCUUGGCUCCAGAAGACCCUCUCUUCCCUGUCAUUGGGAGCCUCUUCCUGCGCGAGCUGACCAAGGAGUUUGGCACAGAUCACAUUUAUGGGGCCGACACUUUCAACGAGAUACUGCCCCCCUCCUCGGAGCCCUCCUACCUUGCCGCAGCCACAGCCUCCGUCUACCAGGCCAUGAUCACAGUGGACCCUGACGCCGUGUGGCUGCUCCAAGGCUGGCUCUUCCAGCACCAGCCCCAGUUCUGGGGGCCAGCCCAGGUGACAGCCGUGCUGGGGGCCGUGCCCCGGGGCCGCCUCUUGAUUCUGGACCUGUUUGCCGAGAGCCAGCCCGUGUACCUCCGCACGGCCUCCUUCCACGGCCAGCCCUUUAUCUGGUGCAUGUUGCAUAACUUUGGGGGUAACCACGGUCUGUUUGGGGCCCUGGAAGCCGUAAACCAGGGCCCUGCCGCAGCCCGCCUCUUCCCCAAUUCCACUAUGGUAGGCACCGGCAUGGCCCCGGAGGGCAUCGGCCAGAACGAAGUGGUCUAUGCCCUCAUGGCAGAGCUGGGCUGGCGGAAGGACCCAGUGGCUGAUUUGGAGGCCUGGGUGACUAGCUUUGCGGCACGUCGGUAUGGAGUCGACAGCAAGGAGACAGAGGUCGCCUGGAGACUGCUUCUUGGGAGUGUUUACAACUGUUCUGGUGAGGCCUGCACUGGGCACAAUCGCAGCCCCCUGGUCAGGAGGCCGUCUCUGCAGAUGGUCACCACCGUCUGGUACAACCGAUCGGCCGUGUUCGAGGCCUGGCGGCUGCUGCUGGCAGCCGCACCCACCCUAGCCAAGAGCCCCACCUUCCGCUAUGAUCUGCUGGACGUGACUCGCCAGGCGGCCCAGGAGCUGGUCAGCCUGUACUACACGGAGGCGAGGACCGCCUACCUGAACAAGGAGCUGGUUCCUCUAAUGAGGGCGGCCGGCAUCCUGGUCUACGAGCUUCUGCCAGCCCUGGAUGGAGUGCUGGCUAGUGACAGCCGCUUCCUGCUGGGCACGUGGCUGGAGCAGGCCCGCGCGGUCGCUGUCAGCGAAACCGAGGCCCUUUUCUAUGAGCAGAACGGCCGCUACCAGCUGACCCUUUGGGGGCCCGAGGGCAACAUCCUAGACUACGCCAACAAGCAGCUGGCGGGGCUGGUGGCUGGUUACUACGCCCCCCGCUGGGAGCUCUUCAUGCAGAUGCUGGUUGAGAGCCUGGUCCAAGGCCGUCCCUUCCAGCAGCACCAUUUUGAAGAGAAUGCCUUCCAGCUGGAGCAGAGCUUUGUCUUCAGCACACAGAGGUAUCCCAGCCAGCCCCAAGGUGACACUGUGGACCUGGCCAAGAAGCUCUUCCUCAAAUAUUACCCCCGGUUGGUGGCUGGGACCCUGUGACAGAUGAGCCACCCUUGGGUGGUGGUCUUUCCUGAAUUCCAGGCCUGGGCAGGCUCCCAGGGCCUGGAGCUAGACGAGCAGGUCCCCAGGCCCCGGCAAAGGAACUCAAAACCUGCCAGAGGAUCAGGCAUGGGAAGUUGGGGCGGGGGUUGAGCUGCCCUCUUCCUCCUCUCCAAAUUUGGGAUCAAAGUACUCUUUUAAUACAACUUAAUAAACUGGUGAGUCCCCUGGG